AAACAAUUUGAUUAUUAACAGUAAACUACAAACAGUUGCAAGGCGUGUUUACCAACUCCAUUCAUGUAAACAACAAACCAGCUCAGCAAAUACAGAAAGACUUUCUCCUUACUGUAGUCAAGACUGCUACUCAAAUGGAAAAUCUAUUUUAAUUUGUUUUCAAUAUUAUUAUUUAUGUUUGAUCUCAAACCAAUUUAUUAAUGUGACUUACUAUUUUAAACAUCGAUUUUUAACUUUUAUUGUUAAUAUGUGAAGGUAACUGAUCCUAUGUUGGCAAUCACGCAAAACGUCAGUUUACUUUCAUCAUAUGGUCAUCAUUUGGAUUUUAUAUUUUGUUUAUAGUGAUCUUUUGUAAAUUUCUCAACUGUGAUUCAUUUUUACCAUCACUGAUUGAUUAUUUAUCAUGGCCUACCUAAGAAGCUCUCGGAAUUAUGUUUGGAAUGUGAACAAUGUUCUUGGGAAAGGUGCAACUGGAGCUGUCUACUGUGGUGUCAAUAAAUAUACUGGCGAUCCUGUUGCUGUUAAAUCCUUCAAUCAUGCUUCUCAUAUGAGACCUUACGAAGUUCAAGAGAGGGAAUUUGAGGUCCUUAAAAAGGUCAACCAUCAAAAUAUUGUUAGAUUAAUUUCCAUUGAGGAAGAGAGUGACACUCAUCACAAAGUUCUUAUAAUGGAGCUCUGCACUGGCGGGAGUUUAUUCAACAUCCUAGAUGAUCCUAUUAAUUGUUAUGGACUCGAGGAAAAAGAGUUCACUGCAGUUCUCAAACAUUUAGCUGCUGGAAUGAAACAUUUGAGAGACAAUCACAUUAUUCACAGAGAUUUAAAACCUGGUAAUAUAAUGAAAUUUAUUGGUGAAGAUGGUAUAUCUAUUUACAAAUUAACUGAUUUCGGUGCUGCUCGGGUUCUUGAAGAUGAUCAACCAUUCAUGUCACUUUAUGGUACAGAAGAAUAUUUGCAUCCGGACAUGUAUGCCCGAGCUGUCCUUCAUAAAUCCGCUGGUAAAUCAUUUCGAGCCAAUGUUGAUCUCUGGAGUAUAGGAGUUACGCUCUAUCACAUCGCUACAGGAUCCUUACCUUUCAAACCUUACGGAGGCCGAAAAAACAAAGAAACAAUGUUUAAAAUUACUACUGAAAAAGCAUCUGGUAUUAUUUCUGGAUGUCAACACACAGACAAUGGUGAAAUUGUUUGGAGCCGGAAUCUACCUCAAACUUGCCUUCUGAGCCCAGCCUUACAAGCAUUAAUUGUUCCUCUUUUGGCUGGAAUUAUGGAAUGUGAUUCUCAUAAAAUGUGGUCAUUUGAUAAAUUUUUCACGACUGUCACAUAUGUUUUAUCUCAUAAAGUUGUUUAUAUUUUUUAUAUCAAUCACAUGGAAGAUGUCGUCAUUUAUCUUCAUCCAAGUGAAGGCUUGAACGAUUUGAAACAUCAUUUAGAAAAUAAAGUAUCCAUUCCAGCAAAAAGUGCACUUCUCUUGUGGAACAAGCAACAAAUUCAUGAUUUAGCUGAAGUUUACUGUACUCCAGAUAAUCCAGUUUUAUUACUCAAUUCAGAUGUUACCAAAUUGAAACAAAGUCCUCUUCUUUCCAAAAGUUUAUCCAAAUUUCCAAUCAUGCACACAACGGUGACAAACUUUGAGGAAGACGCACAAAAGUCAAAGAUUUGCUCUUCGAUUGCCUAUGCCUAUUCCAGAACAAUUGAAAAAUGUGUUCUUUAUUAUCAACUUGCCAAUAUUACUCCAAUGCAUGUUAUAUCUUUGAUUGAUAGUAAUUUUAGAUUACUCACAGAAAAACAACAAGCCUGUUCUCAUUUUUACAAUUCCCUUACUCACCAAUUAAAUUAUUUCAGUGAUGUUGACGACUAUCUCGAGCAUAUAGUCCAGCUUCUGGAUUUGGGUGAUUCUGUUAGCAGUAACUUUGAAUCUAUGGUCCGAGCUCAAAUAUUAUUUGAAAGUGCAACUGAGUAUUCAACAACCCUGAUGCCCAAGAUGACCUGUAUGAAGGAAAACAUUAAAAAAUUACAAGAGGACUGGCAUAAAAUGGUUAAAUCAAAUACCGAAAUUGAAAUUGAAACCUCAAAAUCUAGGGCAAAAUAUUAUUGCCAAAAAAUACGGGAAUCUUGGCAAUUUUUACACAAGGAUAAAGCUGCUCGUGUAUUGUCCGUUGCAGAAGAUCAACUUCAUCAACUAGAAAAGGUUAAAAUUGAUAACAAUAGCAAAAAAUUGAAGCUUUUAAUGGAAGAUAUUUGCUUUAAUGCUUUAUCUGAGAUAACUAAGCGACUCGAAUCCUGGUACACUGGAGCUCAAGUUGCUCUUAAGCAAUCCGAGCUUUUAUUCAAGGAGUUUUCAUUAUUCACGAAUAAAUGUGAAGAGCUUCAGCAGUGUUUCAACAAAGUUCGUGAUGAUCAAAAAGGUCUUUGGCAGAUGACUUUUAAAAAGAUUGAACCCAAAAUGAAAGUAACAACGGAUAAUCUGACGGAUAAACUCUUGAAUGAUGGAGCCAAUGGAUGUAAUCGACCAGUUCCACAUGAUCUCGUUAAGUUUUUUAGAGAGUAUGAAGAAAAACGUGAGAGAUUCUUCUCAUUGGUGGAAGAAAAUCGCAAUCUGGUAAAUGAAUUUGAAUCGAUCUCACUGAGAGAUAACCCACAAUAACUUGACCUCUAAGGUCUUUAAUUUUCCCUUCAAAUCCUGUCUUCUGGAAGAAAAGUUCUGUAAAUCUAAUUCUGUGCAAAUACUAUAUGGAAACCAUCCACGGAUAUCCAAGCAGGACUUGAUCUUUAUAAACUCUUUUUUAUAACAGAAAUCGGAUAAUAAGGAUAAAUGCAUUUUAAUAUCUAUCUUACAUUGACCAAGAGACUAUUAAAGUAUCUUUAUUUUAAUA